AUGUUAGAAGACAAACGAAAAGCAGAACCUAAAGUUCAUCAGCAGAGCAGCGAAGCACAGGUUAAGGAUAGAAUAUUCUUCAUGGACGCCUCUAAUCAGAGCUUGACAGCUAUUCCACCAGAGAUCUUGGCAUUAAAAGAACUAGAAGAAGUGUAUUUGGAAAAUAACCACAUUGAAGAAAUUUCCCAGGAUAUCCAGCAUUUAAGGAACAUGAGGACCCUCUACCUGGACAGGAACAACCUGAGGGGGCUGUGCCCUGAGCUGGGGACGCUGAGCAACCUGCAGCGCCUGGACCUGAGCGGCAACCCCCUGGCCGCGGCCUCCCUGCCGGUGCUGGCCGGCCUGCGAGCCCUGCGUGAGCUGCGGCUCUACCGCCUCAACCUGGGGGAGCUUCCCGCGGUGGUCUGUAAGAACCUGCACCACCUCGAGCUGCUCGGCCUGUCCGGGAACUGCCUGGAAUCCCUGCCCAAAGAACUAGUGAACCAGCUGAAGCUGAGGGAGAUCUACCUGCAGCAAAACCAGUUCAAGGUUUUCCCUCCGGAGCUCUGCGUCCUCUACAACCUGGAGGUCAUUGACCUGGAUGACAAUAAACUCAGGGCUCUUCCCGAAGAAAUUGGAGAUCUGACAAAGCUGCAGAAGUUCUACGUGGCUCGUAACCAGCUGCCCUCCCUGCCCAGGUCGCUAUGCCAGUGUAGCAAACUGACCGUGCUCGAUUUGUCCUACAACCUCCUGGAGUCCCUGCCAUGUGCUGUGGGCAAGCUCAUGGGGAUGACGGAGAUCGGGCUAAGUGGGAACCACCUGGAAAAAGUGCCGCGCCUCGUGUGCAGGUGGCCUGAGCUGCACCUGCUCUACCUGCACAACACUGGCCUGCGGGGCCUGCGGCGCUCCUUCCAGCGGCUGCUCCACUUGCGCUUCCUGGAUCUCAGCCAGAACCACCUGGACCACUUCCCGGCGCAGAUCUGCGUGCUGAGGAACCUGGAAGCCCUGGCGCUGGAUGACAAUAAAAUAGGCCAGUUGCCGUCAAAGCUGGGUUUGCUUUCAAAACUGAAGAUACUUGGACUGUCAGGAAAUGAGUUUCUUUCUUUCCCAGAGGAAAUAUUUUCUUUAGCAUCUCUGGAGAAAUUAUACAUUGGGCAAGACCAGGGAUCCAAGCUUGCCUGUGUUCCAGAACAGAUUGGGAAACUGCAGAGUCUUAAAGAGCUGCAUAUAGAGAAUAACAGUCUGGAAUACCUGCCUGUAGCCUUGGGGGCCAUGCCUAAGCUGGAGGUUCUUGAUUGUCGGCACAAUUUACUUAAGCAGCUCCCAGAUGAAAUUUGCAAAGCACAAGGUUUGAGAGAAUUGCUGCUGGAGGACAACUUGCUCACCCGUCUUCCCAAGGACUUGGACAGCCUCGAGAACCUUCAGGUUCUGACACUGAUGAACAACCCCAUGGAAGCCCCCCCAGUGAAAGUAUGUGCAGAAGGCAACGAGGCUGUGUGGAGAUACCUGAGGAAAAGCAGAAACGAGAGACUAAAUGCAACGAAGAUUCAGGCGUGGUGGCGUGGAAUCAUGGUACGGAAAGGAUUGGGAAAAUUUGAAGAGCUACUAAAAGCACGAAAAAAGGGAAAGACUUCUCCAAAGGAUAAGAAAGGAAAGAAGGAUGAAAAACAAAAACCUGGAAAGGGAAAUAAGAAAUAA